UAAGGAAAAAUAUAAAAUAAAACGGAUAAUCAAUUGUUUCAUCCAAGUUACAGUGUGGGUCGUGUUUGUUUCUUUUGUUGGGUUUGUGAGCUGCGCUCAUGGCAUCUGGCACGCAGAGUACUGGGAUGUUAACCAGAGAGCAACUUUCCCAUCUUUUUGAUCGUUUUAUUUUUCUGACUUCUCAACCUGAUGUGAAGAAAAGGAUUGCAGAGGCUGUUCGGGAUAAGCAGGAAGCUGUUGCUGUGACCACUGCAAUACAGGAAGAGAUAUUUUUGGAGAUGGGUGUUGACCCAAGAUUUGGUAUCUCAUGCCUGGGAAAAGUCAGUACUGUAUACGAGAAUGACCAAGAGUUGGUGAUUCAGUUUUAUAAAUUCCUUUCAAAAGAAGAGGUGGCAUGUGAUGAAGCAGAGCUUGGAGAAGAAGAAUUUGCAGAAAAAAUGCUGUAUCAACAACAAUUACAGGAACAGCAACUAGAGAUGCUGAAGUACAUGCGCAAGUUUCACUUGGAUGAUCAAUCUGCCAUCCUUGAGAAGUUACACCAGCAGAUGGAAAAUGGCGAUUAUGAAAGCGAGACAUCCAUUUUGUCAUCCGAGCAAAUCGAAGAGAUCGUUCCAAGGAAGGUGUCCCCUCUGUAUACGCCGAGCUAGAACCAAAAGCCGGCCCUAUGAUGGACCCUUAAAAUUAUUUUGGCAGAUAUUUUGGUUUAUGGGUAUCUUGUGACAUUUAUUUUGUUUCGUCCAAUUCCUCAUUCUGUUACUAUUUACUUCGUUUACUGCCUGACACUUCAUUUUGUAGCCUCUGCAAGGUUAACAUUUUUAUGUAAUGAUUUUAAAAUUGUAUAGAUUAUGGAAUCGGUUACGACACAGAAUGAUCCAUAAGAAAAGAUAAUACACAUGGUCCAUUAGGGUAGCAUUUGUUUA